AUGGAAAAUAUUUCAAAUCAAGAAGACGGUUUCAAUUUAUUAAAAGAUGAAUCUGCACCAUCAGAAGAGGCAGAUAAAAAAGUAAAAUUUUUAGAUUAUAGCAACAUUAAAAUUAAGAAUCAACAACAUAUUGUACCCAUUGGCCUAUUAAUUGUUUUGGCCACAAUUUAUUUGGGUAUGAGUGGCAUACAAAGCUGUUUUGUGAAUUGUUCCGAAAAUCAUCAAUUGUUGCUAAAAUCAGCCCAAAAUUUAAUCUACAACAACAAUAACGAUGAUAUUAAAGAUCCACAAGUUAUAUUGGAACGACUGCUGGAAUACAAGGACAUAUGCAGGGAUUUGGAAAUAUUUACGAAAGAACUUAACAAAACAACAAAUGCUAAAACACAAGAACAAACAGACGAUGUAAAAAAUGAAAUUGUUUUGGAAAAUAGUGGCAGUGGAAGCGGUGGCGGCAGCGGCGCUAAUGGUGCCACUGAUGAUGGCAGUGGAGACGAAUGCACAACCACCACCAGCAGCACUAAGUCAUACAGUAAGAAAAACAAAAAGCCUAAAUCUAAAUAUUCAAUAAAGUUUCCUACUAACGCUAAAAAUGGUUUUCACAAAUACAACAAAUCAACAACUAAAGCUAAAAAUGGCAAACAUGACAAAAAGGAUUUGAAUAUAAAUAAGAAAAACUCCUCUGCAGAGCCAAUUAUAUAUCUAUUUGCCCUGGUAUUUAUAUAUUUGUUAAUAAAAGCAGCCUCCGAUAUAAAUCAGCAUUAUAAAUCUGAAAAUAAAAAGGACAAAAAUUUCAUGAGACGAUGCUCAUUGCAAUCGUAUGCCCAAGCCCAUAGGGAUCGACGUUCAUCAAAAGCAAAUAACCUUUUUACCAAAAUCAAUUCAAAAAACAACAACAACAUUAGAAUUGGCAAUGAAAACAAAACAACAACGCACAUUGGCAUCUUCGCAACGUUCCAUCAAUGCUGA